GCGCGGAGGCGCAGUGCACGACCUCGGAAGCGGCGGGGAGGGCGGGUGCGAUGCGGCCGGCGGGAGCAUGACAGGUGGCGGGAAGCGGAGGCCGCGCGGGGCGGCGGGCCCGGCCGGCGAGCAGUGUGAAAAAAAUGGAGAUGUCAAGAAAAGAAGGUCCAAUCAGGCAGAUAUCCCUGAUAAUCUUCAUCAAGAAGCAGAAACAAGCUAUCGGCUUAGACUGCCUGAAGACUUCUAUCAGUUUUGGAAGUUUUGUGAGGAAUUAGAUCCUGAGAAACCAAGUGAUGCGCUUGUGUCAAGUGUUGGACUUAAGCUGGUUGGACCAUAUGAUAUUCUUGCUGGAAGACACAAAAAAGCAAAAUCAACAGAUCUGGACUUCAAUCUUCAUUGGCGAUUCUUCUAUGAUCCCCCAGAAUUCCAGACUAUACUUGUUGGGGAUAGCAAAACACAGUAUCACAUGGGAUAUUUCAGGGAUGUGCCAGAUGAGCUUCCAGUGUGGGUUGGUGCAAAUGAAGCCAAGAAGGGCUGUGUGAUUUCACAAGUUGGUGAUAAUGUCUUUGCUGCAGUCAAGUUAUUUUUGUCAAAAAAAAUUAAGGAAGUGACCGAUAAAAAGAAAAAUGCUAUUUUGAAAGACAUAGAUGAAAAACUAACAAGAACAGCAAAAGAACUGGGUUAUUCUCUGGAACAAAAAACCCUGAAGAUGAAACAGAGAGAUAAGAAAGUGGUGACCAAAGCAUUUCAUGGAGCAGGCCUAGUUGUUCCUGUAGACAAAAAUGAUGUUGGAUACAGAGAGCUUCCUGAAACAAAUGCUAAUCUUAAAAAAAUUUGUAAGGCCAUUGUUGAUGCCCCUACUGAUGAUGAGAGACUGAAGGCCUUUGCACCAAUUCAAGAAAUGCUGACCUUUGUUCAGUUUGCUAAUGAUGAAUGUGACUACGGAAUGGGAUAUGAACUGGGCAUGGACCUGUUUUGCUAUGGAUCACAUUACUUCCACAAGACGGUGGGCCAGCUGCUGCCUCUGGCUUACACCCUGCUGAAGAGGAACCUCUUUGCCGACAUCAUCCAGUCGCACUUGGCCAACCGGCGGGAGGAGGAGGUGGACCAGCUGGCACCCUGAGCUGGGCAGCAGCAGUGCGGGUGUCAUUGCGUUCUCGGGCGUGGGGGUUCUUUUUUUUUAGUGUGUGUGUGUGUAUUCGUGUUUUUCUUGUGUUUAGGGUUCGGUGUGGGGGGGUUUUUUGUGUACUCCGCGGCGGUGUGCGCCGCGGUCAGUAAAGCUUUUCUAAGGACACCGUA